AUGGUUGGUUCUUUCUGGAGCAGACAGAAGGAGAACUUGAAUGUUUCCACAUGUACGCAGGUUUAACUCUCAGAUAUCACAUCAGAUAUUAUCCUGGAUCACUCUGAGGUUUCUCUGUCUCGUCCUGACAGCAGGUCUCUCUCUCAGGGUCCUGCUGUGUGACUGGAGCUGGACUCUGGUUCCUGAGUGUUUGUCACUGAUUUCAUGUCUGUAGACUUUGACUGUUCGGUGAUGAGAGUGUGACAGCGUCCUCAGAUUAUUGAUGAUGAUGAACUGAUGAAGUCUCUCUCUUUGUCUUUCUGCUACAGGUGAAACAGGAAGUGGAUCUGGAUUCACCUGGUGAGUAUUUUCUUCAUUCUGUCGAACAUCAAACUGAAAGUUUUCACAUGUCUUCUUCAUUUUGAACAGAACUGGACUCUGAAUGGAUCCAGAUGAGCUCUCUAGUAAACAGAAACAACUGUGGCUCCAUCUGGUGGUAGAAUCUGGAAUGACACUGUGGUAGAGGACAGUAUGUGGCUCAGGUUGAACUGACUGAGUAUGUUGUUGUGUUUGUGUGAAGGUGGGGGCUCUGCUAUGAAUCAGUGUGAGGACAGAGAGGAGGGGGCCCCUCCCUCUAAAACCACUCUGUGGGGGGAACAUGAGAGCCAGACCAAAGUUCAGAGGUGAGAUGAGGAUCUCCAACUGUCCAUGACUCUUCUCCAUGUCAGAGCUCAGCACUCACAUCACUCCACCAUCACUAUUAUUCACACUCAGACCUCUGUCUGUCUGUCUGUCUGUCUGUCUGUCUGUCUGUCUGUCUGUCUGUCUUUCUGUCUGUCAAAGACCUGAACUGCAGUACAGACCAGACUCUCCUGGACCAGGACCUGGACCCAGCUGUGUGUCCUUAAAGAGUGACCGGUCUAGGUUUGAACCUAUUCUUUUCAAAGGAGAGAUUUGUGAUGAGCAAAGGUGAGACUUUCAUAAUCUAUGACAGCAGCACUCAAACCUUGAAGAUUUUCAGUGUUCUUGUUUCUUCAUCAGAGUUUCUGUUUCUGUCAGAGUCAAACAUGAGAGACCAGACUCUCCUGGAUCUGGACCUGGACCCAGCUGUGUGUCCUUAAAGAGUGACCGGUCUAUGGGUCGAUUGAUUAAUUUCAAAGAAGGAGAGAUCUAUGAUGAGCAAAGGUGAGACUUUCAAACUGAACUUUCUUUUGUUUGUGUGUGAAACUUUUCAUCCUAACUGUGGUCAGUGUUUUCUCUGUGAAGGUGAAGAUUUGUCAGGGUUUGUGUUUCUAUCAGGAUCCAACAGCAGUAAACAGGAUCUGAGCCACAAAGACCUGGACUCUGCAUGUAUCUUCAUGUGUGUCUGUAGGAGGAUCCAGCAGUGUUUCUACCAGGAUCCUCUAGAUAGACUCUCUCACAUGUAACCCUGUGUCUCCUUAUAUUAUAUCCACUACAUUAGAUUCUGUUUGUUCCACAGAGUUCAGCAGCAGAGAUCAGAGGUUCCCAUUGGUCAGUCUGCCCAGCAGCAUCAAACACAGCUGGACUCCAUAUUUAUGGUAGGUGUAAAUGUACAAACACAGCUCCUACUGAUCAUCAGAGCAGACACUCAGUAUAUUUGGAGGUUUCUGGAUUGUUUCCUAAUGACUCUGCAAACAUCAUCUCUGCCUGAAUUAUCUUCACACUCACAGUUUGACUGAGAGUUUCUCCAAUGUGAAGGUCAGGUCAUAGAAACUGGAUUUGUAGAAGACAGGACCAUCUACAAAGUCAAUCCUGAAGCAGCAUUGUGAUCCAGUCUCCACACUGGACUCUGUAGACCAGCAGGCUUUCUGUCUGUCACAGAUGAUCUGAUGUUCAGUUCUACAAGUUCAAGUUCAUAUUUUGUUCUGUUCCAGCUGCUCCAGGAGAACAUGAUCAGCUUUGUAAAGGAGCAGCUGAAGGAGAUCCAGAGAGCUCUGAGUCCAGAUGAACCAGAAUACUUAGAGAGUCCGAGGGAGGAUGAGGAUGAGGAGCAGAGGAGGAGCAGAGAGGCAUUCCUGAAGAUCACUGUGAACUUCCUGAGGAGAAUGAAGCAGGAGGAGCUGGCUGACUGUCUGCAGAGAAGUAAGAGGAUUUGAAGAGAUUUAACAUGAUGGAGACAACAUGGGAGAGGUUUAGAGUUCAGACUCUGCUGUUCAUAUGAUGCACACAUUUGUAUCACAUCUAUGAACUGAGAGAAACUGAUCACAGCUGAUGAGCUGAAGAGAUUUCAGAGAGGAGGGAAAUCAAAUCCAUCCUGAUGUCUUCAAGUGUAAAUUCAUCAGAUUGAUUGUAGCUUCAGAUGAUUCAUCACAUUUCUCUUUGUUCAUUCAGGAUCUGCUGCUGCAGAGGUCCGACACAAACUCAAGUCCAACCUGAAGGAGAAGUUCCAGUGUGUGUUUGAGGGGAUUGCUAAAGCAGGAAACCCAACCCUUCUGAACCAGAUCUACACAGACCUCUACAUCACAGAGGGAGGGACUGGAGAGGUCAACGAUGAACAUGAGGUCAGACAGAUUGAAACAGCAUCCAGGAGAGCAGAGCGACCAGAAACAACCAUCAGACAAGAAGACAUCUUUAAAGGCUCACCUGGAAGACAGGAACCAAUCAGAACAGUGAUGACAAAGGGAGUGGCUGGCAUUGGGAAAACCGUCUUAACACAGAAGUGGACUCUGGACUGGGCUGAAGACAAAGACAACCAGGACAUCCACUUCACAUUUCCAUUCACCUUCAGAGAGCUGAAUGUGCUGAAAGAGAAGAAGUUCAGCUUGGUGGGACUUGUUCAUCACUUCUUCACUCAAACCAAAGAAGCAGGAAUCUGCAGCUUUCAAGACUUCAGGGUCGUGUUCAUCUUUGACGGUCUGGAUGAGUGUCGACUUCCUCUGGACUUCCACAACAAUCAGGUCCUGACUGAUGUUACAGAGUCCAGCUCAGUGGAUGUGCUGCUGACAAACCUCAUCAGGGGGAACCUGCUUCCCUCUGCUCGCCUCUGGAUAACCACAAGACCUGCAGCAGCCAAUCAGAUCCCUCCUGAGUGUGUUGACAUGGUGACAGAGGUCAGAGGCUUCACUGACCCUCAGAAGGAGGAGUACUUCAGGAAGAGAUUCAGAGAUGAGAAGCAGGCCAGCAGAAUCAUCUCCCACAUCAAGACAUCCAGAAGUCUCCACAUCAUGUGCCACAUCCCGGUCUUCUGCUGGAUCACUGCUACAGUUCUGGAGGAUCUGCUGAAGACCAGAGAGGGAAGAGAGCUGCCCAAGACCCUGACUGAGAUGUACAUCCACUUCCUGGUGGUUCAGUCCAAACUGAAGAACAUCAAGUAUGAUGGAGGAGCUGAGACUGAUCCACACUGGAGUCCAGAGAGCAGGAAGAUGAUUGAGUCUCUGGGAAAACUGGCUUUUAAGCAGCUGCAGAAAGGAAACCUGAUCUUCUAUGAAUCAGACCUGACUCAGUGUGGCAUGGAUAUCAGAGCAGCCUCAGUGUACUCAGGAGUGUUCACACAGAUCUUCAGAGAGGAGAGAGGACUGUACCAGGACAAGGUGUUCUGCUUCAUCCAUCUGAGUGUUCAGGAGUUUCUGGCUGCUCUUCAUGUCCACCUGACCUUCACCAACUCUGGAGUCAACCUGAUGGAAGAAGAACAACAAACAACAUCCCAAAAUCUGACAAAUCUCCAUGUGAGUGCUGUAGACCAGGCCUUACAGAGUCUGAACGGACACCUGGAUUUAUUUCUACGGUUCCUCCUGGGUCUUUCACUGCAAACCAAUCAGAAUCUCCUGAGAGGUCUGCUGACACACACAGGAAGUAGCUCACAGACCAAUCAGGAAACAGUCCAGUACAUCAAGAAGAAGAUCAGUGAGGAUCUGUCUGCAGAGAAAAGCAUCAAUCUGUUCCACUGUCUGAAUGAACUGAAUGAUCGUUCUUUAGUAAAUGAGAUCCAACGGUCCCUGAGAUCAGGACGUCUCUCCACCGAGGAACUGUCUCCUGCUCAGUGGUCAGCUCUGGUCUUCAUCUUACUGUCAUCAGAAAAAGAUCUGGACGUGUUUGACCUGAAGAAAUACUCUGCUUCAGAGGAGGGUCUUCUGAGGCUGCUGCCAGUGGUCAAAGCCUCCAACAAAGCUCUGUAGGUGGACACAUGAGAGAUGAAACAUUAUUGUUCAUGAGAGAUGAAUCUUUGUGUCUGUGCUAAUCACUGAUUCUUCUUCAGGCUAAGUGGAUGUAACCUGUCAGAGAGAAGCUGUGAAGUUCUGUCCUCAGUCCUCAGCUCCCAGUCCUCCAGUCUGAGAGAGCUGGACCUGAGUAACAAUGACCUGCAGGAUUCAGGAGUGAAGCUGCUGUCUGCUGGACUGAAGAGUCCUCACUGUAAACUGGAAACUCUCAGGUCAGGUUUUAUGCUGAUUAUGUUUUGUAGUUGUUUGAAUGAAAUUGUCUAAAGUUGGUACUUUUCCUUGUUUCUCAUUUAUUUUUCUGCCUCCAGGUUAUCAGGCUGUCUGAUCACAGAAGAAGGUUGUGCUUCUCUGGUCUCAGCUCUCAGCUCCAACCCCUCACACCUGAGAGACCUGGACCUGAGCUACAAUCAUCCAGGAGACUCAGGAGUAAAACUGCUGUCUGCUGGACUGAAGGAUCCUCUAUGGAGACUGGAAACACUGAGGUAUAACCAGACAGUUACUGAGUCAUAGACAACCACAGAUAUAUUUGGUUUCUGCUGCCUGAGGUCUUCACUUAGCAGGUCCAUCUUUCUGAUGGACUCUUGGAUGUGAACUGUGUCAUCCUGGAUAGUAGCUCUAAUGCUCACAAGUUCUUUGCCUCCCUCCCUCCUCUUAGUGAAGAUCCUCAGGGUUCUGGAUUUAGGGUGAAAACCUCCAUUUGAGUAUUUUGAGGAGCUUUCUUGUCUUGAUGUCAGUGGUUUCUAUUUCUUCCUUUGGCCAGGCUGUGAUGCCAGCAGGGUAUCUGAUCACUGUCAGAGCGUAGGUGUUGAUGGUUUGGAUCUUGUUCCUGCUGACAUACAGCUUGAUGUCAUCCAUGUAGAGGAGAACAUUAAUCAAAAAAAACCUCAAACAGUCAACAUGAGAAAUGACUUUGACUCAGACUGAAGUGUGUCUGUCAUUCUGUCUCCUCCUCCACACAAUAACAGCAGAUAUUUGUCUGCAACACUGGGAACCUGGAUGAGUAUCUUCUCUGAAUGGCCCAGCUCUAAAAUGUGUUGCUGAACUGUAGGUUUGUCUUCCAGUCUGAAUCCUCCUCUGUUCAACAGUUUUUUAGUUUUCUUCUGAGAGCUGUCACGUUGUUCUGAACUGCAGAAACUCGUCCCUCUGCUUCUGGUCUCAAAGGAGGACAUGGUGGUUGAUAUUUGGAAGGACAGGGGUCAGAAACCUUUUAUAUAUGAAGAACCAUUUUUAAAUCCUCUUUAUGGAGGACCACAAGGGACACAAAAAUGAAAUAAAUCAUUUUUAAGUAAAAAGGUUAUUGUACAGGAAUUCAUGAGCUGGUUUCCAAAUUCAUGAGUUCAUCCAUGAACAAAUAGAGGAGUUAUGAAGUGAUUCUACAAAUGAAUCUUUAAAACUGCACAAAAGUUUAUUCUUUAAAAAUACAUAAAUGCAUUCCUUAACAAAUAGUUUAAAAAUCUGUUUGAAAGAGAGAAAUAAAGAAGUGAGUUGACAAUCUGCAGUAAGAAUACAGCUUUAAAUCAGACAUUUAAAGGACAAUUCCUCCUUUAAUUUUCAUUUCCAUUUCCUGUCUGCUUUUAAUUUUCCUGUUAGCUAAUCGAUUAUCAAAGUCUUUUAUCUUUCCGUUCCUCCUCUCCAUUUUUCCUUCUCUCACACUUCAGGGCCUUGAGCUGGUAAAACAAUGCAGAUGAGCCAUGAAACAAGCUCUCUGAUUGGUUAUAACCUGGCCUAUUACAUGCAGAUGUCUGCAGGAAGGUGAAGAUGAUAGAAGAUGAGGAAGAAUAGACCUUAUCCAGUGUUCCAGGUGGAAAGAGGUCCAAACCUGGAUAUUGUGACUCUGUGGUCAUUUCUCAGCUCCCUGAUUGAUGAACAGACACACAGACUAAAAACAGAGAUGAUCAGGAGAGAGAUGGGCUCAUAUUUGAAGUUCAAACACAUUUGACAGUCCUUUAGCCCACGUCAGAACUCAGAGAAGAUGCUUUAUUACACCUGAUGUUACAAGAUGAAGGUUCACAUCUAGUUGAAUGAUCAGAGCAGAACAACAUUCAGAUCUCCUCCAGAUCCUUUAUUUCAUUCAUCCAUACAGACCAGGAUCAACUCUCCUGGCUGACAUGGGAAGGUCUUCUCUUCUUGAUUUUCUGCUCUCUUUGUUUGGUGAACCAUCAAACAAACCCUCAGAGCUACAGAGAAACACCUCCUUCAUACAUCCACCCUCAGUCACAAACGUGGACUCAAAGUACUGGCUGCAGAAGUGGGUUCAAAGGAGAUCAGAUAGUCUUCAUUGAGCUUCAUCAGCUGAGCUCUCCUGCUUUACUGACACAGCUACAUUCAGUGAGAGCAGCAGCAGACCUGUCAGUCAUGAUCAGGUAAGCUGAGGGGCUGUUUGAGGACAUGCUCUGACUUUGCUCCACUUCCUGUCCAUCCCAAACUGCAGGAAAUCCACCUGCUGUUCCAGGUGUGAUGCUCCUACUCCCUCUGCUCUAGCUGACUCUGAAUGAUCCAAGAAGAGCCUCACACACUCACAUGAGUUCAUCUGAGAGCUUUCAUUUCAUCUUCAUUAUAUUUAGAAGAAGAGAGCCCACUACUUCAUCUCUCUAUCUUCAUCUCUCUAUCAGAAAAAGUGACAGAGUGAUGGAGACUGUUGGCUCAGAUGAGUUUCAGCCUGUUUCUCUGUCACAGGGACAAACUGAGGAACUCUGCUUCAUGUUGGACAGCAGGUAGGACUCAUGUUGGACACUCAAUCAUUCUGACUGUGUUUCUUCCUCCAGGGUGGACCAUGGUGGAGAGCAGAGGUUAAAACCUGGUCUGAAGAAGUGUAAGUGUGGAAUCAGUUUGACUCCUGAUGACCAAACAGCAGACUGUCAGCUAACAAAGAAGAAAGCCUUCAGGUGUGUCUGAUGAUAACCUGCUGCUGUGUUGUGUCUUUUUCUCUAUGUCAGAUUUCUCUGAACUCACACUGGACUCAAACACAGUAAACAGACGCCUCAGACUGUCUGAAAACAACAGGAAGGUGACAGGUGUGAGAGAGGAUCAGUCAUAUCCUGAUCAUCCAGACAGAUUUGACUACUGGCCUCAGCUUCUGUGUAGAGAUGGUCUGACUGGUCGCUGUUACUGGGAGGUCGAGUGGAGAGGAGGGGUUAAUAUAUCAGUGAGUUACAGAGGAAUCAAAAGGAAAGGAGACAGUGAUGACUGUCUGUUUGGAUUUAAUGAUCAGUCCUGGAGUCUGUUCUGCUCUGAUGAAGGUUACUCUGUCAGUCACAAUAACAGAAAAACAGACCUCGAUCUCUCCUCGUCCUCUGUCUCUCACAGAGUAGCAGUGUAUGUGGACUGUCCUGCUGGUACUCUGUCCUUCUACAGGGUCUCCUCUGACAAACUGAUCCACCUCCACACCUUCAACACCACCUUCACUAAACCUCUCUAUCCUGGGUUUGGGUUCUGGUCUUGGUCUCUUGGUUCCUCAGUGAGUUUGUGUUCUGUGUAGGAGGGAGAGUCUCCUCCUCUCUACACAAACAGCAGCUGAAGAACAGUUGACCCUCUGCACUAACACAGACUUCAGCUGAUUAUCUGCCUGUUUGUAUCCUGUCACAUCAGUCUGAAUGUCUGUUAUCAAAGAGCAGGACUCCAUGUCAAACUGACUCACUGAACUGGACUGAUUUCUGUCUCUAUGAGGGAAAAAUCCGCCUCAUUCAGCACAUUUUUCUUCACUGUAUUGAUCAGAAAGUUUGUCUGAACAGUCAGAGUCAGACUCCUGAAACUCUUCUUCACCUGCUCAGGUGUUCACACCUGUGUUUAAACUGAUGAAUGUUAAAUCCUCAUGAGACUGCAGGCUGGUUUGCACACACACACACGCACACAUGCACGCACUGUUUGCAUAUUCAGGUAAAUGAGUUAAUGAAAAAAAAUAAAUAAAUAAAAUAAAUAAAUAUAUAAAUAUAAAUUUGAUUGAUUGAUUGAUCGAUCAUGUGUCUUGUGAUCUUUUUUACUCACCCACUUAGGUCAAUGACCUGAUAGUAUGUUGUUGCAGCACUAUAAACUUUGGAUCGGCCCGUAUCGAUCCACCUCGUCUUAAGGUCGGUAGCUAAUUAGCCCCCAUUCGUUAGGACUGUUCAAAUCACUCACUGUUGUAUUUUCCAGAUACAUCCUCUGCUCACGGCACCUGUGUUGGGCGAAGUGCUUCAUGUAGUUCACUCCCAUUCAGAGCUGUUGAGAUGAAAAAACUGUUAUUGUACAUAAUUCCAGUGUUUUCCAGUAUUUGUCCGUCACUCCAAAGAAGAUGUUUAGUAAGGAGUAAAUCUAAGUUUGUGUUAUUCAAGGUUAGAGAGCUUUUCAGACUCUUGUUUGUUUGCAGUGCUUCUUGUCUGUGUGUGUCUGCUGACAUGAUAAACAGAAAAUCAACUUUGUUGUGGUGAAAUUUAGCCGACACUGUUACUCAUCCUCAUCAACAACGUUACCUCUCAACCAACAAACCUGCUUUAGAAAUCAUUACAACUCCAAUCAAAGAGAAAAAUCACAAUGAAUGAAAAAAGAAGGGCAAAAAAUUCAAGAGGAGGAAUACAGGUGUAAGAAUUGAUGUAAGGACGUUUAUGAAAUAUGAACUCAAUAAAGAAAUCUCUAUUCUAACAGCUGUCUCAGUUUAGUUCUUACUAAUAAUCAAAUAGAUAUUAAUGAUGUUACUGGAUGGAUCUGAAUAUUGAUCUCAAUGCACUCAGUUGUAGAUGAAGGUUAAUAUGUCAAUAAUGAGGACCCUUGUGCUGCAGACUAAAACCCUUUGAGCUGAGUGUAUGACAUGGAGUGAGGAGAUCAGAAAUGUACUUUGGUGUAAGACCAGAGCAGGCUUUAAGAGUUUACAAUAAAAUCUUAAAAAUCAAUUCUCAGACGUGAACAAAGAGUUGCAGUGGUCCAAAUGGGAAGAGACAGCCGCAUGGGUGAUAAUCUCCAGAUUUUUUCUGGAUCAAAACUAUCAAACUAUUCUGCCCUCAGUAGGAGUGGGCUCUAGCUUGGCAGGUAGCUAACAGGUCCCUCGGAUAAACAUGCAGGAGUUAGCAGGUACGAUGUGACGUUUUGGUGUUUACUUCCAGAAGCUGUAAAACUGUAACACAAUAAAUACAAAAUCACAAAUUAUUCUCAACUCUUUCACACAAUCAAACACUAGUCAUUGACUGUCAUACACAACACAAUCACCAACAAACGUGUUGGAGUUAUCAUGAACAGUCACUACCGCGAUCUUGCGAUUAGCUUAAUGCUAACGAUAUAAGGAAAACGCCAUAGAACGGCUAACGCGUUAGCAUCGCUCCGGUUUUUAAGUUUCCCACGCCAUCAAAAACCGAUUUAGCGUACAAUCACAGGUACAGUAAACAAGACGAGGUAAGCAUUACUUACAGGUGUAUGUCCCUUACAGGUAGACCGUGAAAAAAGAGGGAGAAAAGAAAACAAACAUUCUCAAUAAGACAUCUCUACUCGGAACUGAACUACGGCAAGUCUGAACGGACAAAAAAAGACCACAGCCGAUUUCUCUAACUCCCAAGGGGGCAGCACACUCCCCGCCUGGUAUAAUGUGCUUUACCACUAUAUACCUUUGAGCGGCAGAUGUACAUCUGAUACAGGUCUUGAAUACACCUGAGGAGAGCCACCUUUGACGACUCUCACUUCCACCUUGCGGACCCUGUUGUCUGGACCAGAGAAUAUAUUCACCACCAGUCCUGUCGGCCAUUCAUUUCGUUUGGCCUGGCCAUCCUUCAAAAGCACAUCACCAAUCUGCAGACUAGGUUGAUCUGUUUGCCAUUGACUCCUGUAGAGGUCCUUAAGAUCAAGAUCUCCCAAAGGAGCAGACACAGAGUCAACCUUUUGUGUCAGGAGCAUAGCGGGAGUGAGUACGGUAGGCAUAUCUGGAUUGGACUCUGACUGAAAUGGUGUAGCUCCAUUGUCUUUUUUGAGCAAGGAGGGUCCCGAAAACCAGAUGGUUUCUCCCAAAAGUGUAGCUGGUACUGGUCACGUACAGUGGUCCGCAGGAUUGUGGUCUGUACUGACAAAGUGCCACUGCUCUGGCUGUGAUGACUUGUGGAUACGUGCAACUCUAUUAGCAACAUACACAUAGAAUUGGCGGUUGGUAUGUAGAUAUAGAUGAGCACAACCCUGGAGUCGGUGAAGAACCUUACGGCAUGGAUCUUGACAUCUAGUUCAUCCAUCAACAUGUCAGCUAGCUCAACUGCAAGCACGGCUGCACAAAGCUCUAGACAGGGCACAGUAUGGGAGUGACAUGGGGCUAAUUUUGAUUUCCCCAUGCAGAAUCCUACGUGACUGUGUCCUUUGUUGUCGACUGCCCUGAGGUAGGCUACUGCAGAGAUUGCCACGGUGGACGCAUCGGAGAAGACACGCAGUUCCCUGUGCUGUGUUGAGAGAAAGGAAACAGGUAAAAACGGUCUUGGUAUGUGAAGUUGCUCAAGUGCUUUGAGUGAGUCUUUCCAGGACUUCCACUGUGACUCUUUCUCUGCAGAUAUUGGGGCAUCCCAUUCACAAUGUUCAGUACAUAGCUCUCUGACUAGUGCCUUGCCCUGUACUAUUAUCGGAGCCACAAACCCGAAUGGAUCAAAUAUGCUGUUGACCGUAGACAGGAUACCCCUACGGGUAAAUGGCUUCUCCUCUCUAGAGACAGGGAAGGUAAAGCUGUCAGUUUGAAGCUGCCAGUUGAGACCUAAGCUUCGUUGUAGGAGCAGAGGAUCCACUCCUAGCUCUAGGUCUUUCAGUUCCUUGGCCCGGUCCUCGGAUGGGAAAGCUUCCAUCACUGUAUCAUGAUUGGAGGCUAACUUGUGCAGUCAGAUAUUUGAGUCGGCCAACAUUUCCUUUGUCUUUUACAGGACUUGGACAGCACUGUCAUUGGUGGGGAAUGAGGCAAGUCCGUCGUGGACAUAAAAGUUUCUUAGAACGAACUGUCUUGACUCCAUACCAUAUUCAUCUUGACCUUGCCGAGCAGCUCUUCUCAGCUGUGUUUUUUACAGUCUGCAACACACACACUCUCUUUAUUUAAAUAUCCCUCAGACCAUACAUAAACACACAGUCCUGAUACUCACUGCAGGAAACCCCACUGACUGUAUCAGUGUGAGGGACUACAGGCGUAUCUAACAGACUUCAAAAUGCACUUUGAAUGUAACUCUGCUUUACAAAAACAUUUGAGGGUUUUAUUCUUUAUAUCAUCCUGUAACUCACUUGUGUUUUUUUCUCAAUGACUUAUUUUCAUUGGCUGUUCAUUUGGUUCUUUAGUUUUAAUGUAAUGUGUUGGGCAGUAUAACACCGUGUGUCACAUGAUUAAGGUGGCGCUGCAGAAACCUCUGAGAGUCAGAUCUGUUAUAUGUUUAGGAGCAGAAACCAGAGAGCAGAAGGUGAUUCAUGAGUUUAACUGUCUUCAGCAGGUGUGUCAUCUCUCUGAAAAAUAGGGAAAGUGAGUUUUUCUUCACUUGUCCAGUCUCAGGUGUUUUUGUCCACUAGGUGUCACUGUUUCACUCGUGAUUAUAUUUCUCUCUGUGUUAUUUCUUAUAGUCAAUGAUAGUCAGGGAGUCUAAAGUUCACCAUAAGACCUUUCUAAUCCCUCUGAGAAGGUUUUAUUGUGUCUGUCAAUGUUUGACUGCAGGUGUUCAGGUGGUUUCAGAGUUCAAAGUUCAGAGCUGCUCUGUGUCACAUUUCCUUCCAGAAAACUUCAGUGUGAAGAUGAACUCAGAGAGUCUGGACUGGAUGUGAAUGGUGGGACCUUUGAAAACCUCCUGCUGUCACUUCUAUCUUCUUCUCUCUCUGCUUGGUUUCCUGUUUGAAGCUGCUGAUUCGUCUCACCGUCACUCGUGGUCUUCAUGCAGAUCAUUUUCCCCAUCAGAAGGUAACCUAACACACUCUUUUCAUCAUGUUUGAGUGAGUGUCUGUUAAACUGAUCUGAGGACAGCACACAUGAAGCUGCUGCAGAUCUGACCUGUUGUUUGGUGGAACAGAGCGAACACUGAGGAAAGGAGAAAAUCUCUGUUUAAAGUCUGAUCUUCUGACUCCUUGAUUUACAGAUGUACAUGUAGGAGCAGAAAUAAGUCAAUAGUAUGAACCCCAGACUUCUACCAACAAACCGUCACAGAGAUCAGACUGAAUUCAGAAGUUCUGGUGUAUUUUGUCACAGUCUGUGUGUUUGCUCAGUGAAGGCAAAAAGACCAGGAAAAGGUUUUAGUGUUUGUGAAAAAGUCUUUGUGUGCUGAGCACUUUUAUGAUUUGAUGAGUUUAUGACAGUAAUAAAGGUCAGUCAUUGGCGCUUGAAGCUGCACAGUCAACAACCAGUGUGAUGAACUUCAGUCAGUGUCCACUCUACAGCAGAAACAGUUUGAACUCCUUCACAGGAGCAACGGUUAGUGAGGAGCUGCUCAGAAAGAAGGUGGAAAAUAAGCUCAGAGGAAAGGCUCUCUGGGGUCCUUAUGCUGAUAAUGUGCAUGAAUGAUAAUGAUAAUGACAACAACAACAAUAAUAAUAAUAAUAAUAAUAAUAGCAUGAAAUAUUUCCUUUUAAUUUUGAAUAUCCAGUUUUAUAGGGACACAAACAGAUCAGCAGUAACACCAUCUAACAUAACACCAUGAACAUAAAUGAUAUCUGAGAUGAUAGAAAAUAUGAAAUAAAUCACAGUUAUUGAUCAGACAAUACUCUGUUUCUGGAGUAUUUAUUACAGCAUGUCCAGAUUAUUUCUCUGCUCGUGUUUUACUCGCUCUCUUGUUUUCUCUGAUUUAGUCUCUUUGAUUGGAGUUGUUGUUAAUGAGUAACAUCAAGGUUCAAUUCAUUCAACAAUCAAAUAACUCUUCAUCUUUACAAUACUGAUCAAACUGAUGAGACGGUCAAACUCCAGACCAGAUAACACCAGAUAUGAAACGCUCAUAUCAGUAAAAACAUGAUUUAUGAAAUACAAUCAGACCAUGAAGAGAUGCUAGGACAUGAAUAUACAGAUUAUUUCUAUCAAACAUGCUCCAGUUUUUCUUUUUCAUACACCACUUAAAUUACAGCAGCACAUCAGCAAACUCAAUCCAACACUGAACUUUGAGGUUUCGGUUCAAGUUUCAGAAAAACUCUGAUGUUUCAAACAAAUGCUCCGAUUUCAACAAAGAUUUCAACUUAGUUUGCUGCUUUUAAAAUGACCAUCAUCCAUCAGCUGAGCUCUGAUUGGAGGCUUACAUAAACCUAUUCCCUGUCUUUGAAAGGUUUCUGAUCCUAAACAUGAUCAGAGUAUUGACCUUUUCCUUUAAACCUGAUCGAUCAACAACAGCAGAUGAACAUGAUGUCUGUCUUUUCUGAGAGCUUUUCUUUGCUGUCUGAUCUCCUCUGGAAUAAAAAGGAGAGAACUGCUCAGGGACAGAACUGAAAACUACUUUGAUCUGCUCUAAAAAAAACAAAUAAACUAAUUUAUAUAACUGAUAUAAUUAUGACUAUGAUCAGUAAAUCAUUGAUAGAGUAGGAUCCAUCUCUGGGUGUGAGAAGUGAUCAAUUUUUAUUGUCCAAUAAAAUAAUACAGAGCUCAAAGUCCACUCCGAGUUUGAUUUUGUGUCAUAAAUGUGACAGAAAGUCCAAGUUUGAAAGAGCGACGUUGAUUUCAGAGUGAAUUAAAUUUGUUGUCCUUCAUUUCAAAGGUGAAAUGUCAUUUUUCUGAGUCUGUUUCAUCGAUUUGGGGUUGAGUCAAAGUUGAAUUGGACUCCUUAUCAGAAGAUCUCUCAUGGUUGGUUCUUUCUGGAGCAGACAGAAGGAGAACUUGAAUGUUUCCACAUGUACGCAGGUUUAACUCUCAGAUAUCACAUCAGAUAUUAUCCUGGAUCACUCUGAGGUUUCUCUGUCUCGUCCUGACAGCAGGUCUCUCUCUCAGGGUCCUGCUGUGUGACUGGAGCUGGACUCUGGUUCCUGAGUGUUUGUCACUGAUUUCAUGUCUUUUCAUGUUUGUAGACUUUGACUGUUCAGUGAUGAGAGUGUGACAGCGUCCUCAGAUUAUUGAUGAUGAUGAACUGAUGAAGGACGAUCAGCUGCAGUCUCUCUCUUUGUCUUUCUGCUACAGGUGAAACAGGAAGUGGAUCUGGAUUCACCUGGUGAGUAUUUUCUUCAUUCUGUCGAACAUCAAACUGAAAGUUUUCACAUGUCUUCUUCAUUUUGAACAGAACUGGACUCUGAAUGGAUCCAGAUGAGCUCUCUAGUAAACAGAAACAACUGUGGCUCCAUCUGGUGGUAGAAUCUGGAAUGACACUGUGGUAGAGGACAGUAUGUGGCUCAGGUUGAACUGACUGAGUAUGUUGUUGUGUUUGUGUGAAGGUGGGGGCUCUGCUAUGAAUCAGUGUGAGGACAGAGAGGAGGGGGCCCCUCCCUCUAAAACCACUCUGUGGGGGGAACAUGAGAGCCAGACCAAAGUUCAGAGGUGAGAUGAGGAUCUCCAACUGUCCAUGACUCUUCUCCAUGUCAGAGCUCAGCACUCACAUCACUCCACCAUCACUAUUAUUCACACUCAGACCUCUGUCUGUCUGUCUGUCUGUCUGUCUGUCUGUCUGUCUGUCUGUCUGUCUGUCUAAGACCUGAACAGCAGUACAGACCAGACUGUCCUGGACCUGGACCUGGACCCAGCUGUGUGUCCUUUAAGAGUGACCGGUCUAUGGGUCGAUAUAUUGAUUUCAAAGAUGGACAUCGGUCUGAUCGUCUAAAGUAAUAAUCAAUAACAGCAGCACUCAAACCUGGAAGAUUUUCAGUGUUCUUGUUUCUUCAUCAGUGUUUGUGUUUCUGUCAGAGUCAAACAUGAGAGACCAGACUCUCCUGGACCCUGGACCCAGCUGUGUGUCCUUCAAGAGUGACUGGUCUACGGGUCGAUUGAUUAAUUUCAAAGAAGGAGAGAUCUAUGAUGAGCAAAGGUGAGACUUUCAAACUGAACUUUCUUUUGUUGUGAAACUUUUCAUCCUAACUGUGGUCAGUGUUUUCUCUGUGAAGGUGAAGAUUUUUCAGGGUUUGUGUUUCUAUCAGGAUCCAACAGCAGUAAACAGGAUCUGAGCCACAAAGACCUGGACUCUGCAUGUAUCUUCAUGUGUGUCUGUAGGAGGAUCCAGCAGUGUUUCUACCAGGAUCCUCUAGAUAGACUCUCUCACAUGUAACCCUGUGUCUCCUUAUAUUAUAUCCACUACAUUAGAUUCUGUUUGUUCCACAGAGUUCAGCAGCAGAGAUCAGAGGUUCCCAUUGGUCAGUCUGCCCAGCAGCAUCAAACACAGCUGGACUCCAUAUUUAUGGUAGGUGUAAAUGUACAAACACAGCUCCUACUGAUCAUCAGAGCAGACACUCAGUAUAUUUGGAGGUUUCUGGAUUGUUUCCUAAUGACUCUGCAAACAUCAUCUCUGCCUGAAUUAUCUUCACACUCACAGUUUGACUGAGAGUUUCUCCAAUGUGAAGGUCAGGUCAUAGAAACUGGAUUUGUAGAAGACAGGACCAUCUACAAAGUCAAUCCUGAAGCAGCAUUGUGAUCCAGUCUCCACACUGGACUCUGUAGACCAGCAGGCUUUCUGUCUGUCACAGAUGAUCUGAUGUUCAGUUCUACAAGUUCAAGUUCAUAUUUUGUUCUGUUCCAGCUGCUCCAGGAGAACAUGAUCAGCUUUGUAAAGGAGCAGCUGAAGGAGAUCCAGAGAGUUCUGAGUCCAGAUGAACCAGAAUACUUAGAGAGUCCGAGGGAGGAUGAGGAUGAGGAGCAGAGGAGGAGCAGAGAGGCAUUCCUGAAGAUCACUGUGAACUUCCUGAGGAGAAUGAAGCAGGAGGAGCUGGCUGACUGUCUGCUGAGAAGUAAGAGGAUUUGAAGAGAUUUAACAUGAUGGAGACAACAUGGGAGAGGUUUAGAGUUCAGACUCUGCUGUUCAUAUGAUGCACACAUUUGUAUCACAUCUAUGAACUGAGAGAAACUGAUCACAGCUGAUGAGCUGAAGAGAUUUCAGAGAGGAGGGAAAUCAAAUCCAUCCUGAUGUCUUCAAGUGUAAAUUCAUCAGAUUGAUUGUAGCUUCAGAUGAUUCAUCACAUUUCUCUUUGUUCAUUCAGGAUCUGCUGCUGCAGAGGUCCGACACAAACUCAAGUCCAACCUGAAGGAGAAGUUCCAGUGUGUGUUUGAGGGGAUUGCUAAAGCAGGAAACCCAACCCUUCUGAACCAGAUCUACACAGACCUCUACAUCACAGAGGGAGGGACUGGAGAGGUCAACCAUGAACAUGAGGUCAGACAGAUUGAAACAGCAUCCAGGAGAGCAGAGCGACCAGAAACAACCAUCAGACAAGAAGACAUCUUUAAAGGCUCACCUGGAAGACAGGAACCAAUCAGAACAGUGAUGACAAAGGGAGUGGCUGGCAUUGGGAAAACCGUCUUAACACAGAAGUGGACUCUGGACUGGGCUGAAGACAAAGACAACCAGGACAUCCACUUCACAUUUCCAUUCACCUUCAGAGAGCUGAAUGUGCUGAAAGAGAAGAAGUUCAGCUUGGUGGGACUUGUUCAUCACUUCUUCUCUCAAACCAAAGAAGCAGGAAUCUGCAGCUUUCAAGACUUCAGGGUCGUGUUCAUCUUUGACGGUCUGGAUGAGUGUCGACUUCCUCUGGACUUCCACAACAAUCAGGUCCUGACUGAUGUUACAGAGUCCAGCUCAGUGGAUGUGCUGCUGACAAACCUCAUCAGGGGGAACCUGCUCCCCUCUGCUCGCCUCUGGAUAACCACAAGACCUGCAGCAGCCAAUCAGAUCCCUCCUGAGUGUGUUGACAUGGUGACAGAGGUCAGAGGGUUCACUGACCCUCAGAAGGAGGAGUACUUCAGGAAGAGAUUCAGAGAUGAGAAGCAGGCCAGCAGAAUCAUCUCCCACAUCAAGACAUCCAGAAGCCUCCACAUCAUGUGCCACAUCCCGGUCUUCUGCUGGAUCACUGCUACAGUUCUGGAGGAUCUGCUGAAGACCAGAGAGGGAGGAGAGCUGCCCAAGACCCUGACUGAGAUGUACAUCCACUUCCUGGUGGUUCAGUCCAAACUGAAGAACAUCAAGUAUGAUGGAGGAGCUGAGACUGAUCCACACUGGAGUCCAGAGAGCAGGAAGAUGAUUAAGUCUCUGGGAAAACUGGCUUUUGAGCAGCUGCAGAGAGGACACCUGAUCUUCUAUGAAUCAGACCUGACUCAGUGUGGCAUGGAUAUCAGAGCAGCCUCAGUGUACUCAGGAGUGUUCACACAGAUCUUCAGAGAGGAGAGAGGACUGUACCAGGACAAGGUGUUCUGCUUCAUCCAUCUGAGUGUUCAGGAGUUUCUGGCUGCUCUUCAUGUCCACCUGACCUUCACCAACUCUGGAGUCAACCUGAUGGAAGAAGAACAACAAACAACAUCCUCAAUCUCUAAAAUCUUCAGUGUCAAACCGAAACUGAAACAUCUCCACCAGAGUGCUGUAGACCAGGCCUUACAGAGUCUGAACGGACACCUGGAUUUAUUUCUACGUUUCCUCCUGGGUCUUUCUCUGCAAACCAAUCAGAAUCUCCUGAGAGGUCUGCUGACACACACAGGAAGCAGCUCACAGACCAACCAGAAAACAGUCCAGUACAUCAAGAAGAAGAUCAGUGAGGAUCUGUCUGCAGAGAAAAGCAUCAAUCUGUUCCACUGUCUGAAUGAACUGAAUGAUCGUUCUCUAGUGGAGGAGAUCCAACGGUCCCUGAGAUCAGGACGUCUCUCCACAGAGAAACUGUCUCCUGCUCAGUGGUCAGCUCUGGUCUUCAUCUUACUGUCAUCAGAAAAAGAUCUGGACGUGUUUGACCUGAAGAAAUACUCUUCUUCAGAGGAGGCUCUUCUGAGGCUGCUGCCAGUGGUCAAAGCCUCCAACAAAGCUCUGUAGGUGGACACAUGAGAGAUGAAACAUUAUUGUUCAUGAGAGAUGAAACUUUGUGUCUGUGCUAAUCACUGAUUCUUCUUCAGGCUGAGUGGAUGUAACCUGACAAAGAGAAGCUGUGAAGUUCUGUCCUCAGUCCUCAGCUCCCAGUCCUCCAGUCUGAGAGACCUGGACCUGAGUCACAAUGACCUGCAGGAUUCAGGAGUGAAGCUGCUGUCUGCUGGACUGAAGAGUCCUCACUGUAAACUGGAAACUCUCAGGUCAGGUUUUCUGCUGAUUAUGUUUUGUUGUUGUUUGAAUUAAAUUGUUAAAAGUCUGUACACUUUUCCUUGUUUCUCAUAUAUUUUUUCUGACUCUAGGUUAUCAGGCUGUCUGAUCACAGAAGAAGGUUGUGCUUCUCUGGCCUCAGCUCUGAGCUCCAACCCCUCACACCUAAGAGAGCUGGAUCUGAGCUACAAUCAUCCAGGAGACUCAGGAGUAAAACUGCUUUCUGCUGGACUGAAGGAUCCUCUAUGGAGACUGGAAACACUGAGGUAUAACCAGACAGUUACUGAGUCAUAGACAACUACAGAUAUAUUUGGUUUCUGCUGCCUGAGGUCUUCACUUAGCAGGACCAUCUUUCUAACGGAAUCUUGGAUGUGAACUGUGUCAUCCUGGAUAGUAGCUCUGAUGCUCACAAGUUCUUUGCCUCUCUCCUGAAAACCAACAUUUGAGUAUUUUGAGGUUAGGGCAGUCGUUAUUAUUACAAUAUUUGCCAAUCUCAAUUGUUUUACAGAUUCACGAUCACUGUCAAUUAUUUAUUUUAUUCACAAAGUUGCAUAAAAUAACCCUAAAAUCCGAGUCUGACGUCUUCACGUUGCACCAGAAGCUGCAGCACGCACCGUCGCAGCCACACAUUGGCUGUGUCUCAUUUUAGAGACUGCACCGUUAAACGGCGCAUUUCAAGUGUGCGUGAUGUCAUCACGUGGUGCGAACGGUGUCCCAUUUGGCUCGUAAAUCUGAGCGCGCUUCAAAUACGGUCUCAAAACCACACUACCCCGCCUCUUUUUCAAGCGUGCAUUUAUGCACGCUUUCAUGGCCUUGGUAUCCCAGAAUUCUUUGCGUGCCGCUGCACAGCUGCGCAUUUUGGGUGAGAGGCUGGACUCGCUUGGAGACACAGUGCGUCUUUAAAGAAAAUAAAAGAAAUCCAAAAACAGCAGACAGUCAGCUCAGGCUGUAUCAGAGCAUGAUCUCUGAACUCACUAAAAUCUGUAAACCAAACAUUAUAGAUUUAGAGACGAACUGAUCCGCUCUGCUUCAACUAUCAAAAUCAUUAGAAAUAAGAAAGCUGACAAAACUACAGCAGAGUAAAGUAAAGACUUAGAAAUUAAAGUUGUAAACUUGGGAGAAUAAAGUCAUAAAGUAUAUAAAGUCAUAAAGCUGCUUUUGUGGAGGGGGAAAUGACUGAAGCUGGUCAUCUGCAGGGUUAUCUGUGGAUGUAUCAGCGGGUCAUUCAGAGAGAUUUUGUGGUUUCUGAAGAAACAAUCAAACUGAUGAUGAUCAACAUUUGUGAUCCAGAGGGAGUCGAGCUCCGACGAGCACCACGUCUCUGACACCGGCCGUAGCCUACACCUGCAGAGACACCAACACCUUAUUAUGGCAUAUGGAUUCAUAUCAUAAAUUAAAGCUCAAUGUCAUUCACGGAUAUUUACGGCUGCAUAAACGGAUAUAUCCUCAGCAUAUUCAUUUCUGCCUCCACAAAAGCAGCGAUUUCCUUCAAGUACACCAGUUUGUUUGUUUUUUUUUCCAUGGAAAAGACAUAUUUCUCAUAUGUUCUUUUUUUAAGUCUUUAUACUUGUAUAAAUGUAAAGAAUCUCCUUGUUUGUGAAACCUUUACUGAAGCACAUUUCCUUCAAAUGCUUCAUGGCACUAAUUUUAACAAGUCUCCUCUGAAAUAACAGAAAACCUUACGACUUUAUUAUUAAUAGUAUCUAUUGUAUUGUGUCUGUGCAAGGUCGCACAAUUAAUAACUGCUGCGCUCCGCGGCUUUUCUUUAAGUCAGUCAUGAUGCGAGCCUGAGGGUGGGGACAUUUGGCAACUCAACCAGGAAGUCCUCCAAAGGGUAGACCGUCCCAGUUCACAAAAACCAGACCACCUCACUCAGGGUCCUCAAGUCCACAUAACAGCAGUAUGCUCAGCUAAGUGCGUUUGAGCGCGCUCAGACUUAAGCAGUCUCUGAAAUGAGACACAGCCAUUGUUUACCUCUCGUCUUGGUCAGAUGGGCAGCGACUCGAGUUAGGAUGGAGGAUGAGGAGGUUCUGGGUGCAUUUCAGAUUUAAGCCAAAUGGUUAAGAAGAGCCCGAUAACGUGGAGAAAGCGACAUGUAAACUUUGCCAGAAAAAAAAGUGCCGGUCAAGAGUGGUAACACAACAUAUCUGGAACAACAUCUCCAGACCCACCAUCCACAGUAACACGCCGAACUCUGAAAGACCACACCAGUACAAUCAGCAGGCGGUCCAACAGCAGCUGGUGCAUCCCGUCAACUGGCUCUUGGUAAAUCUUUCGGACGACGACUGUAUGAACAGGAGAGUUCAAGAUGGCGUACGCUAACUGACACUGUGGUUCAUUGUUAAGGAAAUGCAGCCGUUCAGAACGGUAGAAAAAUUUGCGUUAAAAGCGAGGAAAGUUUGUUUACUUUUGUACUGUUCAGUUUGAAGGUUGGUUGGCCAGGUGUUCCUUGCAUGGUUUUCUGUGCCACUGGUGUGUGCUGUGUGGAUGUGAAUUUGUUCAAGAAAGUCAAAGCGACUUUUUUUCUGACCUCUGACCUGUGCACUUUGUUCAUUGACUAAAGAGGUCAAAGAAACCUUCUGUCUGUCAAUACUUUCCAACUGUUUCAGCCUGACAGGCAGAAAUAAUGUGAGUUCACUUCAGCACUUGCCCUGGUGCAGCAGAUUGUUUAUAACAAGUCCUCUUAAGACGUGGAGAAGUUACUUAUGUCUUAGUCUAUUUCUUGAUGUUCAAAAGUCAGUCAUAUAAUUCAUUAUUCAUUAAGGUGUACAGUACGGUAUUGUACAGUACAGAAUGUGUUUUAUUAAAUAUCAUUAUACGAUGAUACCAGAAUAUAAAGAAGGGAAGAAAUGGACAAUAUAUUCAUCAAUCGCAAUUAUUUGUCUGACAAAUAAUCGUCCUUAGAACGACAUACAGUUUGAUGUCAUCCAUGUAGAGGAGAACAUUAAUAAAAAAAACCCUCAAACAGUCAACAUGAGAAAUGACUUUGACUCAGACUGAAGUGUGUCUGUCAUUCUGUCUCCUCCUCCACACAAUAACAGCAGCUAUUUGUCUGCAACACUGGGAACCUAGAUGAGUAUCUUCUCUGAAUGGCCCAGCUCUAAAAUGUGUUGCUGAACUGUAGGUUUGUCUUCCAGUCUGAAUCCUCCUCUGUUCAACAGUUUUUAGUUUUCUUCUGAGAGCUGUCACGUUGUUCUGAACUGCAGAAACUCGUCCCUCUGCUUCUGGUCUCAAAGGAGGACAUGGUGGUUGAUAUUUGGAAGGACAGGAAUGGCAAAUCUUUUGAAUAUGAAGAACCAUUUUUAUCUGCUCUUUAUGGAGGACCACAGGGGUCACAGAAAUGGAAAUAAAGCAUUUUUAAUUUAAAAAGUUAUUGUAUUAUUAAAACAUAAAUUCAUAAACAGGUUUCCAGAUUCAUGAGUUCAUCCUUGAAAAAAUAGAGAAAUUAUAAAAAAGAUUCUACAAAUGAAUCUUUAAAACUGUAGAACAGUUUAUUAUUUUAAAAUACAUGAAUGAAUUACUUUAUCAAUAGUUUAAAAAUCAGUUUGAAAAUGUAAAGGAGGGAAAUAAAGAAGUGAGUUGAAAAUCUGAGGUAAGAAUACAGCUUUAAAUCAGCCAUUUAAAGGACAAUUCCUCUUUACAUUUUUAUUUCCAUUUCCUAACUGCUUUUCCUUUUCCUGUUAGCUAAUCGAUUAUCAAAGUCUUUUAUCUUUCCGUUCCCCCUCUCCAUGUUCCCUUUCUUUAUUAUUUGGACACUGAGCUGGUAAAACCAGGUAGAACAACAGAUGAGCCAUGAAACAAGCUCUCUGAUUGGUUAUAACCUGGCCUAUUACAUGCAGAUGUCUGCAGGGAGGUGAAGAUGAUAGAAGAUGAGGAAGAAUAGACCUUAUCCAGUGUUCCAGGCUGAAAGAGGUCCAAACCUGGAUAUUGUGACUCUGUGGUCAUUUCUCAGCUCCCUGAUUGAUGAACAGACACACAGACUAAAAACAGAGAUGAUCAGGAGAGAGAUGGGCUCAUAUUUGAAGUUCAAACACAUUUGACAGUCCUUUAGCCCACGUCAGAACUCAGAGAAGAUGCUUUAUUACACCUGAUGUUACAAGAUGAAGGUUCACAUCUAGUUGAAUGAUCAGAGCAGAACAACAUUCAGAUCUCCUCCAGAUCCUUUAUUUCAUUCAUCCAUACAGACCAGGAUCAACUCUCCUGGCUGACAUGGGAAGGUCUUCUCUUCUUGAUUUUCUGCUCUCUUUGUUUGGUGAACCAUCAAACAAACCCUCAGAGCUACAGAGAAACACCUCCUUCAUACAUCCACCCUCAGUCAGAAACAUGGACUCAAAGUACUGGCUGCAGAAGUGGGUUCAAAGGAGAUCAGAUAGUCUAGACAUGCUCUGACUUUGCUCCACUUCCUGUCCAUCCCAAACUGCAGGAAAUCCACCUGCUGUUCCAGGUGUGAUGCUCCUACUCCCUCUGCUCUAGCUGACUCUGAAUGAUCCAAGAAGAGCCUCACACACUCACAUGAGUUCAUCUGAGAGCUUUCAUUUCAUCUUCAUUCAUAUUUAGAAGAAGAGAGCCCACUACUUCAUCUCUCCAUCUUCAUCUCUCUAUCAGAAAAAGUGACAGAGUGAUGGAGACUGUUGGCUCAGAUGAGUUUCAGCCUGUUUCUCUGUCACAGGGACAAACUGAGGAACUCUGCUUCAUGUUGGACAGCAGGUAGGACUCAUGUUGGACACUCAAUCAUUCUGACUGUGUUUCUUCCUCCAGGGUGGACCAUGGUGGAGAGCAGAGGUUAAAACCUGGUGUGAAGAAGUGUAAGUGUGGAAUCAGUUUGACUCCUGAUGACCAAACAGCAGACUGUCAGCUAACAAAGAAGAAAGCCUUCAGGUGUGUCUGAUGAUAACCUGCUGCUGUGUUGUGUCUUUUUCUCUCUGUCAGAUUUCUCUGAACUCACACUGGACUCAAACACAGUAAAUGGACACCUCAGACUGUCUGAAAACAACAGGAAGGUGACAGAUGUGAGAGAGGAUCAGUCAUAUCCUGAUCAUCCCAGACAGAUUUGACUCCUGUCCUCAGCUUCUGUGUAGAGAUGGUCUGACUGGUCGCUGUUACUGGGAGGUCGAGAGGAGAGGAGAGGUUGAGAUAUCAGUGAGUUACAGAGAAAUCAGAAGGAAAGGACAAAGUGUUGACUGUGUGUUUGGAUGGAAUGAUCAGUCCUGGAGUCUGAUCUGCUCUGAUGAAGGUUACUCUGUCCGUCACAAUGACAGAAGAACAGACCUCGAUCUCCCCUCGUCCUCUGUCUCUCACAGAGCAGCAGUGUAUGUGGACUGUCCUGCUGGUACUCUGUCCUUCUACAGCGUCUCCUCUGACAAACUGAUCCACCUCCACACCUUCAACACCACCUUCACUCAACCUCUCUAUCCUGGGUUUGGGAUCUGGUCUGGUUCCUCAGUGAGUUUGUGUUCUGUGUAGGAGGGAGAGUCUCCUCCUCUCUACACAAACAGCAGCUGAAGAACAGUUGACCCUCUGCACUAACACAGACUUCAGCUGAUUAUCUGACUGUUUGUAUCCUGUCACAUCAGUCUGAAUGUCUGUUAUCAAAGAGCAGGACUCCAUGUCAAACUGACUCACUGAACUGGACUGAUUUCUGUCUCUAUGGGGGAAAAAUUCGAUAAACUUUCUGUAUUGAUCGGAAAAUUUGUCUGAACAGUCGGAGUCAGACUCCUGAAACUCUUCUUCACCUGCUCAGGUGUUCAUACCUGUGUUUAAACUGAUGAAUGUUAUAUCCUCAUGAGACUGCAGGCUGGUUUGCACACACACACACACGCACGCAUGCACGCACUGUUUGCAUAUUCAGGUUAAUGAGUUAAUGAAAAAAAAAAAUUAUAAAAUAAAUAAAUAUAUAAAUAUAAAUUUGAUUGAUUGAUUGAUUGAUCGAUCAUGUGUCUUGUGAUCUUUUUUACUCAGCCCACUUCGGUCAAUGACCUGAUAGUAUGUUGUUGCAGCACUAUAAACUUUGGAUCGGCCCGUAUCGAUCCACCUCAACUCAACUCAACUCAACUUUAUUUGUAAAGCACUUUAAAACAACCACAGCUGAACAAAGUGCUGAACAUAAAUAGACAAAACAACAAGAUAAAAAACAAUCAAAAGACAAUUAAAACGAUGUUUAAGAUAAAAGCAGAAUUAAAAGUAAAAUAUAGUUUCAAUGUUUUUAAAAACUAAUUUAAAAACAUAGAAACAAAUAACUAAAAACAAACCAUAGAACACUAAAACAGGAGCUGAGUCUCAUGCAGGGUUAAAAGCCAAUGAAUAAAAAUGGGUUUUAAGACGAGUUUUAAAAAUGGACAGUGUGGGGGCUUGUCUAAUUUGGAGGGGUAGCUCGUUCCAUAAAAUUGGGGCAGCAACAGAAAAAGAUCUAUCCCCUCUGAGCUUCCGUUUGGACCUCGGUACCUCCAGGAGCAGCUGAUCAGCUGACCUGAGGCACCGAGCUGGGGUGUAGGGGUGGAGAAGCUCAGAGAGGUAAGAUGGAGCCACACCAUUUAAAGAUUUAAAAACAAAUAAAAGAAUCUUAAAAUGAACUCUAAAAUGCACAGGUAACCAGUGGAGGGAGGCCAGGAUGGGAGUAAUGUGCUCCCUCUUACGUACUCCAGUUAAGAGCCGGGCGGCUGCGUUUUGAACUAACUGGAGACGUGAGAGGGAGGACUGGCUGACUCCAAAAUAAAGUGCGUUACAGUAAUCCAACCAAAAUGUAACAAAGGCAUGGAUUACUGUUUCAAAGUGCCUACGUGACAGAAAAGGCUUUGCCUUCGCCAGCUGCCUAAUCUAAUAAAAACUGGAUUUCACUACCGAGCUAAUUUGCCUAUCAAAUUUAAAAUCACUGUCCAUCUUAAAACCCAAAUUUGAGACGGUUGGCUUUAAAUAAUCUGCUGAAAUACCCAAGUCUACACCUCGUCUUAAGGUCGGUAGCUAAUUAGCCCCCAUUCGUUAGGACUGUUCAAAUCGCUCACUGUUGUAUUUUCCAGAUACAUCCUCUGCUCACGGCACCUGUGUGGGGUUAAGUGCUUCAUGUAGUUCACUCCCAUUCAGAGCUGUUGAGAUGAAAAAACUGUUAUUGUACAUAAUUCCAGUGUUUUCCAGUAUUUGUCUGUCACUCCAAAGAAGAUGUUUAGUAAGGAGUAAAUCUAAGUUUGUGUUAUUCAAGGUUAGAGAGCUUUUUGUUUGCAGAGAUUUUUGUCAUGUUUGCUGACAUGAUAAACAUAAAAUGAACUUUGUUGUGGUGAAAUUUAGCCGACACUGUUACUCAUCCUCAUCAACAAACAUUUCUUCCCCGGAGCGCCUCGAUGGAAAACAACACACUUCAGGGAACAGAAGUAGCUUCUUUUAAUUGUGACCCAGUGGCCGUGUGAUGGCCUCAUGGGGCUGAUGACAGAACAAAUAUCAGGAUAAUAUGUGUUUUCAGAGAAAAUGUGGCGUAAAUGACUUGAAAUGUCUUUUUUUCACAGCCUGGUUGUAAAGUUGUCCUCAUUCAAAAUCUGACCCCACUCAGAGGGGACACGGUAAUCCUUAUUUAUGGGAAUAACAACAAACAUGAAACUGUUGUUGUUGAAGUGGUCAAAGGGUCAUUAACUCUGAAGACCUCUGAGACUAAUUAAUGUGAAACCAACACCCUGGAGUGAGGACGUCUUCACAAAAACAGCCCGUCCAUAUUACUUCACCUCAUCAUGUCAAAGAAAAAGAAAAACAACAGCUUCAGCUUCAGGUCGAGAUUAUUUUUAUAGUACAUUACAAAGUGUAUCAAGAGCAAUAAUAUGAACUUUGUCACAGUUUGGACAGUAGUCUAGAAAUCAGCUGAUCAAUUUACCGCCUGGUUUAACUCCAUCUCUCCUGAUCUAAACCUCGACGUCUAUUUUAUGAUGAGGUUUAUUUAUCUUGUUUAUUAUCCUCAGUGGUUUCCUUUAGGAGACAGGCUGGAACAGAGCGCUCUGCUCUGGCUUUUCUUCGUUCAGAGAGGGUGUAACUUUGUGGAUGCUAACACAUUCUGUGCUAAAAAAUACAACCAAGCCUCUGAAACCAUCUGAUGAAGAAAACAGCCAUGCUACAGCUACUGGGGAAAAAUGUGGUUCAGCUAAUGCCCAUCACUGGUAA